AACACAAGUUCUUGGAGGGUGAGGGCUUCUGCCAAAUCUCUGCACACUGAACUAAAGUAACUGAGGGAGAAUGGACACGAGUGGGCCGAAUGAGUGAAAUCUGUUCGUCUGUGAGGAAGUUUGGUGAAGAAAACUUGAAACCAUGUCGUUCAGUUCUCGGAAUGCCAAAAUCAGCUACAGAAGCAGGGCCAGCCUGUCGUCUGUGUCUGUGGAGACGCACAAAGAGAUGCAGCAAAAGUUAAGGGAGGAGCGUGAGGCCAAGCGUGCCCAGCUGGAUGGAAGACAUGACUACAUCCUCAGCAUCGUGGCCUCCUGCCUGGGACUGGAAAAGUCGGACGUUGAAGAUGCCAUUCUGGAAGGAAACCAGAUCGGUCGUAUGGAACAAUUCUUUGUGGCAAACGGUCUUCCACACCUCAUGUUUUAUUAUCAGCAAACAGAGCCUACAGAAGGAGCAGCGGCAACCUCUCCACCCACCCAGCCUGAUGCCCACCAGCCUGGUCACGCAAAGAAAGUGUUUGUAACUGAUGGAAGUGACGUGGCCUUGACCGGAGUAUGCGUCUUCUUCACCAGAGCCAACACUUUGAAAGCAAUAACCUCCGAGAACAUACACAGAGAUGUGAACUUCAACAUGUUGGACACGACAGAAGGUGGGCUGUUAAAAAGUGUGGAGCAGUUGCUCUCAGAGGUUUUUAUUCCCACACUGAGGAAAAUAAACCACGGUUGGGGGGAGCUGGCCAGUCCUCAGGCCCAGGAUGUAAAACAAGAGUUCAUAUCUUCACUCGAAAGCUUUGUUUCUGUUCUGGUGGGUGCCCAGGAGAGCCUACAAGAAAAGGUUACCUUGAAGGAGUGCGACACGUUUGACUUGCGGGUGUUGAAGUCCCCAGCAGAUUACAUGGCAGCAGCCAACAGCGCAGAAACCACUGAAAAGAUAGAAGCCUGCAUGAAAGUUUGGAUCAAACAGAUAGAACAGGUUCUUGCAGAGAGUGACCAGCUCCGAAAAGAGGCGGAUGACCUCGGGCCUCGGGCCGAACUGGACCACUGGAAAAAACGCAUGUCUCGCUUCAACUAUCUUUUGGACCAGCUGAAAACCCCAGAAGUCAGCGCUGUUCUAGGGGUGCUCCUGCUGGCCAAAUCUAAACUCAUCAAGUCAUGGCGGGAACUGGACAUUAGGAUUACUGAUGCAGCUAACGAGGCCAAAGACAACGUGAAAUACCUCUACAGCUUAGAGAGGUUUUGUGACCCACUCUACAACAGUGAUCCAGUAUCAAUGGUGGAUGCAAUCCCUGGUUUGAUCAAUGCCAUCAAGCUGAUUCAUAGUAUUUCCCGUUACUACAACACAUCAGAGAAAAUAACUUCACUUUUCGUCAAGGUCACAAACCAGAUGAUCACUUCUUGCAAAGCCUACAUCACUAAUAGUGGUUCAAAUUCAUUAUGGGACCAACCUCAGCAAGUUGUCACGGAUAAAAUCAAAGCUGCAAUUCGUCUAAAUCAGGAGUACCAGCGGUGUUUUCAUAAAACCAAGGAGGAGCUGGAACAAAGUCCUUCUCAGAGAAAGUUUGACAUCAGUGAGAUGUACAUCUUUGGGAAGUUUGACACGUUCCAGCGGCGUCUAAACAAGAUCCUGGAAAUGUUUGAGACCAUCUCCACCUACUCUGCACUGCAGGACUCUAAGAUUGAAGGACUUGAAACCAUGGCCACCAGAUUUCAAACUGCAGAAAUGCAGGCAAAAUGGGAGGCUAUAGUGAUGAACAUGAAGAAGAAACAUUACAGUUUCCUAGACCACAGGAGAACUGACUUUGAUGUUGAUUACGAGGAGUUCUGCAAGAACACUUCCGAGCUCCAUAACCAGCUGAAGACUUUCAUGGAUAAUACAUUUGAAAAGAUUCAAAAUACAGAAAGAGCUUUAAAUGUGCUGGAGAAAUUUAUAAGGCUGGGCAUCCCUGAUCUUGGUGUCGAUGAAAAGUAUCAAUACAUCUUGCAGAACUACGGCCGGGACCUUGAAAUGAUUUUCAAUAUCUAUGCAAGGCAAAAACUGGACCCUCCUAUCGGCAGGAACAUGCCACCAGUGGCAGGUCGGAUCAUGUGGGCUCGGCAGCUGUACAGCCGGAUUCAGGGUCCCAUGGAUCUCUUUAAAAAGCAUGAAGGAGUUCUGUCCACAGCAGAGGCUAAGGCGAUCAUCAGGAACUUUAACAGGGUAGCAAGGAUCCUGUUGGAGUAUGAAAUGCGGUACCAUCACAGCUGGAUGACAAAGAUGGAAUACACCAGGGCUGGCCUGAAGGCCUCUCUCUUGGUCAGGUCGUCAGUGACAGGACAGCUGUUUGUGAACCUUGACCCAGAGAUACUUACACAGAUCAGGGAAACGGACUGCAUGAAGCGAAUGAAUCUGGAGAUCCCUCCGUUUGCUUCUUUGUUGGAGCAGAAACAGGAUAUGCUUAAGAAGAAUUAUGAUAAAUUACAGUUAAUGCUGAGCGAAAACACCAGAGUUCGAGCUAAGAUUCAAACUGCAUUUGAGCAACUGGCCAUGCCACAUGUUGCCAAGGUGGAUGAGGCUAUCCAGCCAGGUUUGACCUCCCUCAGCUGGACAUCUCUGAGCAUAGACAAGUAUCUAAGCCGCAUUGACAAAGCAUUGGCUGAUCUGGAGCUUUUAAUAGACAGGGUGAAUGACUUGGUGGAGUUCAGAAUAGACGCAGUACUGCAGGAGAUGAGUGCAUCCACACUGUGCGUUCUGCCGGAGGAUCAACCGGUCACCUGCGAAGAAUUUGUCAAAACCACCAGGGACUUGUGCAUAAAACAAGCUCAGAAUCUGCACCUCAAGAGCACACUCGUGGAGGAGGCCACCAAUGAACUCAUCAACAUGCUGAUGGAAUUCGACCACGGUCAGAAGGAGGAGGCGAAGGACGCGGAAGAAAACUGUAGUGAGAGCAAGACCAGGCAUCACUUUGUAGCUGAAGGUGAAGAUGAACACUCCCCUGAAAGCCAUCUAAUCUCCAGAAACACCUUACUCCCCCCUUCCUCUUCUUUCGCGAGGAGGAGGAAGAAAAGAGAUUUGAUGGAAGUAAUAGAAGAGGAAGCCCAGGAACUGCUCUCUUACUUUAACCACCGCAACGUGGAUGCGCUGCUCAAAGUGACACGUAACACCCUGGAGAUGCUACGCAAGCGCAUCCAUACCUCAUCACUUGUGCAUUUCUUGGGUGAGAGUGAUGCACCCAGCCAUGAAAAACACAGUCGUCAGCAGGCCAUCUUCCGAACCAAUGUGACCCUCGCUAUACCUAACAUUGUCAUGGUUCCAGCUCUGGAGGAGGUCCAGCAGGCUUUAAACAGAGCUGUGGAAUGUGUGGUCAGUGUAAGCAAAGGGAUAGGUCAAUGGAGCAAAGAAAGAAUCUCCAAGAGAAAAAUGAACGAGAGACGGAUGGCGGCUCUAAAACAGGAGAGCUCUGAGAGCGAAUCAGAUGACGGAGCAACAACACACCGGAGUGUGACUGAUGGCAGCAGCUCAGAACUUUCGGCAGCUGUGAUUCACGCCAUUCCGUUCCAAGCCAGAAAUUACUACAAGAGCGUGUCUGAGAACAAGGAGAUAGUCAAGUUGGUGUCUGUUCUCAGCACCUCAAUCACCUCUACCAAGAAGGAAGUAGAAACUGCGCUCGAUCGUUUCAGCUGUUACCAUCACAUCUGGAGAGAAGAUCGUGAAGACACCAUGCAAAGGUUUAUCCAGGGAAGCCCUUUGCUAUCCGAGUUUGAGAGCCAGAUCCUUUUUUAUCGGGAUCUCGAACUCAAAAUAAGCUCUGAACCCGAAUACAUCACCAUAGGAGCCCUAGCUUUAUUCACAGCGUUCCUGAAGAUGUCCCUCACAGCUGAAACCAAGAACUGGAUGGUGGACUACGGGCUGUAUUGUAACAGGAAAUAUCGCUCAGACAUGGAGCAGAUCUUUGCUUUUGUUGAUGACGCAGGAAAGAAACUGAAUCGACAGAUCAAAGACCUAGACGACAUUCGCAUUGCUAUGGCUGCACUCAAGGAAAUUAGAGAGCAUCAGAUAAAUAUUGAUUUUCAAGUUGGCCCAAUUGAGGAGUCCUAUACCAUGCUUCAUAAAUAUGGACUGUCAGUUGCCAAGGAGGAGGUUGAUAAGGUGGAUACUCUGCGCUAUACCUGGGAAAAGCUUUUGUCUCGAACGACUGAGGUGCAGAACGAGUUGGUUGCCUUGCAACCGCACUUCCGAGGAGAACUUGUUUGCAACGUGGAGACUUUUCAAGAGGACUGCCAACACUUCUACCAGGAAUAUGAGAAGGAUGGGCCCAUGGUAGAGGGCUUGGCUCCUCAGGAUGCCAGCGAUAGACUGAUGAUGUUCCAGAAUCGGUUUGACAACCUGUUCAGGAAGUACAUAACUUACACUGGAGGAGAGGAGCUCUUUGGACUUCCAGUUACCCAGCAUCCUCAGCUGCUGGAGAUUAGGAAGCAGCUGGUUCUGCUGCAGAAGUUGUAUGGCCUUUACAACAAUGUUAUCGAGACGGUCAAUGGAUACUACGACAUUCUCUGGGCUGACAUCAACAUCGAGAGGAUUAAUAAUGAGCUGCUAGACUUUCAGACAAGAUGCCGCAAGUUGCCUCGCGCUCUGAAGGAGUGGCAGGCGUUCCUGGAUCUGAAGAAAACUAUUGACGACUUCAGUGAGUGCUGCCCCCUGCUGGAGCUCAUGACUAACAAAGCCAUGAUGACGCGCCACUGGAAGAGAAUCACAGAGGUCACUGGCCAUACAUUUGAGGUCGAAACUGACACAUUCAAGCUGCGUAACAUCAUGGAGGCUCCUCUGCUGAAGUUUAAGGAAGAAAUUGAGGACAUCUGCAUCAGUGCGGUGAAAGAGCGAGAUAUCGAGCAGAAACUAAAGCAGGUGAUAGCUGAGUGGGACAACAAGACAUUUACAUUUGCCAACUUCAAGACGCGAGGAGAGCUGCUGCUGAGGGGAGACAGCACAUCAGAAAUCAUUGCCAGCAUGGAGGACAGCUUGAUGAUUUUGGGGUCUCUCAUGAGCAAUCGGUACAACACCCCAUUUAAAGCCCAGAUCCAGAAAUGGGUACAGAACCUUUCUAACACCACUGACAUCAUCGAACACUGGAUGACCGUCCAGAACCUGUGGAUCUAUCUGGAGGCUGUGUUUGUAGGCGGAGACAUUGCCAAACAGCUACCCAAGGAAGCAAAGCGUUUCUCAAACAUUGAUAAGUCCUGGGUGAAGAUCAUGAUGCGAGCUCACGAAAUGCCCAAUGUGGUACAGUCCUGUGUGGGGGAUGAGACAAUGGGCCAGCUGCUUCCUCACCUUCUGGAACAGCUGGAGAUCUGCCAGAAGUCCCUUACGGGUUAUUUGGAGAAGAAACGACUGCUUUUCCCGCGUUUUUUCUUCGUCUCUGACCCUGCCUUGCUGGAAAUUCUGGGCCAGGCCUCUGACUCCCAUACUAUUCAGGCUCACCUUCUCAAUGUCUUUGACAACAUCAAAACUGUGCGAUUCCAUGACAAGAUAUAUGACCGGAUUCUUGCUGUGUCGUCGCGUGAGGGAGAAACUGUGGAGCUGGAGCGUGCUGUCAUGGCGGAAGGAAAUGUUGAGGUGUGGCUGAAUGCUCUGCUGAAAGAGUCCCAGUGGUCCCUGCACCUGGUGAUCCGGCAGGCUGCUCUGGCCAUCCUGGACUCUGGCUUCCAGCUUAUUGAGUUCCUCAAUUCUUUCCCUGCUCAGGUGGGCUUGCUUGGUAUCCAGAUGAUAUGGACAAGAGACUCUGAGGAGGCUCUUACCAAUGCACGAUAUGAUCGGCGCAUUAUGUCAAAAACCAACCAGCUUUUCCUGGAUUUGCUCAAUACACUAAUCGAUAUGACCACUAAAGAGCUGGAAGCCGUAGAGAGGACCAAAUACGAGACCCUCAUAACCAUCCAUGUGCACCAGAGGGACAUAUUUGAUGAUCUGUGCCGGUUGCAUGUCAAAAGCCCCACUGACUUUGAGUGGCUGAAGCAGUGCCGUUUCUAUUUCAACGAGGAUUCCGACAAGAUGAUCAUCAACAUCACUGACAUAGGCUUUGUUUACCAGAAUGAGUUCCUGGGCUGCACGGAAAGGCUUGUCAUUACACCUUUGACUGACAGAUGUUACAUCACCUUAGCUCAGGCUCUUGGUAUGAGCAUGGGUGGAGCUCCUGCUGGUCCUGCAGGCACAGGCAAGACGGAGACCAUAAAGGACAUGGGUCGCUGUCUCGGCAAAUACGUUGUGGUUUUCAAUUGUUCUGACCAGAUGGAUUUCAGAGGCCUGGGAAGAAUAUUCAAAGGUCUGGCACAAUCUGGCUCUUGGGGAUGCUUCGAUGAAUUUAACCGCAUUGACCUCCCGGUUCUGUCGGUGGCAGCCCAGCAGAUUGCGAUAGUUCUUACAUGCAAAAAGGAGCGGCGCAAAAACUUUCUCUUCACCGACGGAGACAGCGUUGAGAUGAAUCCUGAGUUUGGCAUCUUUCUUACCAUGAACCCAGGUUAUGCGGGUCGCCAGGAGCUUCCAGAAAACCUGAAGAUCAAUUUCCGAUCCGUAGCCAUGAUGGUUCCUGACCGGCAAAUAAUCAUUAGAGUGAAGCUGGCCAGCUGUGGAUUUAUAGACAACAUGGAGUUGGCUCGCAAGUUCUUCACACUUUACAAGUUGUGUGAGGAGCAGCUCUCGAAGCAGGUCCACUAUGACUUUGGCCUACGUAACAUCCUGUCGGUCCUGCGCACACUGGGAGCAGCCAAGCGGGCCAACCCCACUGACACAGAGUCCACCAUCGUCAUGAGGGUUCUGAGGGACAUGAACCUGUCCAAACUGAUUGAUGAGGAUGAGCCCCUAUUCCUGAGCUUGAUUGAGGACCUCUUCCCUGGUAUCAAGCUUGAUAAAGUGGGCUACCCUGAAUUAGAAGCUGCCAUUGACAAACAGGUUGAAGGCGCAGGUCUGAUCAGCCAUCCUCCCUGGAAGCUAAAGGUUAUUCAACUUUUUGAGACUCAGAGGGUUCGACACGGUAUGAUGGCCCUUGGGCCAAGUGGAGCUGGAAAAACUACAUGUAUACAUACACUGAUGAAAGCCAUGACAGAGUGUGGUCAACCCCACAGAGAGAUGCGAAUGAAUCCCAAAGCCAUCACUGCGCCUCAGAUGUUCGGUAGACUGGAUGUGGCCACAAAUGACUGGACGGAUGGCAUCUUUUCUACACUUUGGAGGAAAACAUUGAAAGCUAAAAAAGGAGAGCACAUUUGGAUAGUCCUCGAUGGACCUGUUGAUGCUAUUUGGAUUGAAAACUUAAACUCAGUUUUGGAUGACAACAAAACUUUGACACUGGCAAAUGGAGACCGUAUCCCGAUGGCACCCAACUGCAAGGUGGUUUUUGAGCCUCAUAACAUUGACAACGCCUCACCAGCAACUGUGUCGCGUAAUGGCAUGGUGUUCAUGAGCUCCUCUGUACUAAGCUGGAGCCCAAUACUGGAGGGUUGGCUGAAGAGACGCUCUCCGCAGGAGGCAACGGUACUAAGAGAAUUGUUCUCUUCCUCGUUCUCUGAGCUGUACCGCUUCAGUCUGCAGUCUCUGGAGUUCAAGGUGGACAUGCUGGAGGCCUUUGUCAUCAUGCAAUGCAUAAACAUGCUGCAAGGACUUAUUCCUCCAAAGGAACAGUGUGGCGAGUUAUCCAGGGAGCACCUGGAGCGACUUUAUGUCUUUGCCCUCAUGUGGAGCUCUGGGGCUUUGCUUGAGCUGGAAGACCGAAGGAAGAUGGAGGCCUGGCUCAGAGGAAAUGACAGAAUCUGUUUAAAUUUGCCAGACAUUCCUCCACACAGCGACAACACCAUGUUUGACUACUAUGUCACAGCAGAAGGUCACUGGGUCCACUGGAACACCAGGGUUGAGGAAUACUUUUAUCCAUCUGAAGUCAUCCCAGAGUACAACUCCAUUUUGGUCCCCAAUGUUGACAAUGUCAGAACAGACUUUCUGAUAGAGACCAUUGCAAAGCAGGGCAAGGCUGUUUUGUUGAUUGGAGAGCAAGGAACAGCCAAGACUGUCAUGAUCAAAGGCUACAUGUCAAAGUAUGACCCUGAGAGCCACGUUGGCAAGAGUCUCAACUUCUCCUCUGCCACUACACCUCUCAUGUUCCAGAGAACAGUCGAGAGCUACGUGGAUAAAAGGAUGGGGACGACUUAUGGCCCUCCCGCUGGGAAGAAGAUGUCGAUUUUUAUAGAUGAUAUUAACAUGCCGGUGAUCAAUGAAUGGGGAGACCAGGUGACCAACGAGAUUGUCAGGCAGCUGAUGGAGCAGAAUGGCUUCUUCAACCUGGAGAAGCCCGGAGAGUUCACCAAUAUUGUUGACGUCCACUUCUUGGCGGCCAUGAUUCAUCCAGGGGGAGGGCGCAACGAUAUUCCACAAAGGCUGAAAAGGCAGUUCUCUGUCUUUAACUGCACACUUCCCUCCAAUGCCUCCAUAGAUAAGAUCUUUGGUGUGAUUGGUGAGGGCUACUUCUGCGCGCAGCGUGGCUUCAGCACCGAGGUUCAGAACACCGUGCACCGCUUAGUGUCUCUAACCCGCCGCCUCUGGCAGAUGACGAAGCUCAAGAUGCUUCCGACUCCUGCAAAGUUUCACUACAUCUUUAACCUGAGAGACCUGUCCAGGGUAUGGCAAGGGAUGCUUACCACCACCGCUGAGGUGGUCAACUCUGUCCAGGUGCUGCUGGCACUGUGGAAGCAUGAGUGCAAGCGCGUGAUAGCCGACAGGUUCACCAUGCCUGGUGAUGUGAAAUGGUUUGACGAAGCCCUCGCAAAGCUGGCGGGAGACGAGCUUGGAGAGGAGCUCCUGAAUAUAGUGGAUUCUGGAGUAGACAGAUACUUUGUUGACUUCUUAAGAGAUGCCCCCGAAGCUACAGGCGAGGAACCAGAAGAUUCAGACUUUGAUUUGCCCAAGGUGUAUGAGCCUAUUGAAUCCUUUGGGAGUUUAAAGGAGCGUCUGAACAUGUUCCUGUGUCAUUACAAUGAGAGCAUCAGGGGUACUGGCAUGGACAUGGUCUUCUUUCAGGAUGCAAUGAUACAUCUGAUCAAGGUCUCAAGAAUAAUUCGGACACCAGGAGGAAAUGCCUUGUUAGUGGGUGUUGGUGGUUCUGGCAAACAGAGCCUGACCAGGUUGGCCUCAUUUAUAGCUGGAUAUAAAACCUUCCAGAUUACUCUUACACGCUCUUAUAACACCACUAACUUGAUGGAUGACCUGAAAAAUUUGUACAAAACAGCCGGUCAGCAGGGGAAAGGCGUCAGCUUCAUCUUUACUGACAACGAAAUCAAAGACGAGUCCUUCUUGGAGUAUAUGAACAACGUCUUAUCAUCUGGAGAGGUGUCCAAUUUGUUUGCUCGUGACGAGUUGGAUGAGAUCCUCAGUGACCUCGUCCCUGUUAUGCGGCGAGAGUUUCCAAAGCGACCGGCAACCAAUGAAAAUCUGUACGAGUACUUCAUGUCACGGGUCCGACACAAUCUCCACGUUGUUCUGUGCUUCUCGCCUGUUGGAGAGAAGUUCCGCAACCGGGCGUUGAAGUUUCCAGCACUGAUAUCUGGCUGCACCAUGGACUGGUUUAGUCGCUGGCCCAAAGACGCGCUCAUUGCAGUUUCAGAGCACUUCCUGUCUGUGUACGAUAUCGAGUGCUCAGCACAGGUCAAACGGGAAGUAGUCCAGUGCAUGGGCUCCUUCCAGGAUGGUGUUGCAGAAAAGUGUGUGGAGUACUUUCAAAGAUACCGGCGCUCCACCCAUGUCACCCCCAAGUCCUACCUAUCCUUCAUUCAAGGCUAUAAGACCAUCUAUAAGGAGAAGAGGUCUGAAGUGCAGACAAUGGCUAACAGGAUGAACACUGGCCUGCAAAAGCUGAAAGAGGCGUCAGAAUCAGUAGCAGCUCUUAGCAAGGAACUGGAGGUGAAAGAGAAAGAGCUACAGGUUGCCAAUGACAAAGCCGAUAUGGUUCUCAAAGAGGUGACAGUAAAAGCCCAGGCGGCAGAGCGGGUAAAGGUUGAAGUACAGAAAGUGAAGGACAAGGCUCAAGCCAUAGUGGAUAGCAUUUCAGCUGACAAGGCCAUCGCCGAGGAGAAGCUGGAAGCUGCGCGGCCAGCUCUGGAGGAGGCAGAGGCUGCACUGCAAACCAUCAAGCCAUCAGACAUCGCCACUGUACGAACGCUCGGACGGCCUCCCCACCUCAUCAUGCGCAUCAUGGACUGUGUGCUGCUGCUCUUCCAAAGGCGGGUCAAUAGCGCGAAGAUCGAUCCAGAGAAAAACUGCAUCGCUCCCUCCUGGCAGGAGUCCUUAAAACUCAUGACCGCUGGAAACUUCCUGGGCAGCUUGCAGCAAUUCCCCAAAGACACCAUUAACGAAGAGACAGUGGAGCUGCUGCAGCCCUAUUUUGAAAUGCCCGACUACAACAUAGAAACAGCCAAGAGGGUGUGUGGGAAUGUCGCAGGCCUCGCCUCCUGGACCAAAGCUAUGGCCUCCUUCUUCUCCAUCAACAAGGAGGUUUUGCCCUUGAAGGCCAAUCUUGCGGUGCAAGAAAGCCGUUUGGCCGUAGCCAAUGUGGACCUAGAAACAGCUCAGGCUGAGCUGGAUGACAAGCAGGCAGAGCUGGAUGUGGUGCAGGCGGAAUAUGAGAAGGCCAUGAUGGAGAAACAGACUUUGCUGGAGGAUGCUGAGCGUUGCAGACGCAAGAUGCAGACAGCGUCCAGUCUCAUCAGCGGCCUCGCUGGUGAGAAGGAGAGGUGGACAGAACAGAGCAAAGAGUUCGCUGCCCAAACCAAACGCCUCGUGGGUGAUGUCCUUCUGGCCACAGCGUUCCUCUCGUAUUCUGGCCCCUUUAAUCAGGAGUUUCGUAAUCUCCUUCUGAGUGACUGGCAGCGAGAGCUGAAGCAGCGUAGCAUCCCCUUCGCCAAGGGGCUCAAUCUGGCUGAGCUUCUCAUCGAUGCACCCACUGUUAGUGAAUGGAAUCUGCAGGGCCUUCCCAACGAUGACCUGUCCAUUCAAAAUGGCAUAAUUGUGACCAAAGCUGCUAGAUUUCCUCUCCUUAUUGACCCACAGACGCAGGGGAAAAUCUGGAUCAAAAACAAAGAAGCUAGAAACGAGUUGCAGAUUACAUCACUGAACCACAAAUACUUCAAAAACCAUCUGGAGGACAGCUUGUCUCUUGGUCGCCCCCUGCUGAUUGAGGAUGUCGGCGAGGAGUUGGACCCCGCACUUGACAACAUUCUUGAGAAGAACUUUAUUAAAACCGGCUCCACUUACAAGGUGAAAGUCGGGGACAAGGAAGUGGAUGUGAUGAAGGGCUUCAGGCUUUAUAUGACGACCAAGCUCCCUAACCCUGCUUACACUCCUGAGAUAAGCGCUCGAACCUCCAUCAUUGACUUCACCGUCACGAUGAAAGGACUGGAGGACCAGCUGCUGGGAAGAGUCAUUCUCACUGAAAAACAGGAAAUGGAGAAGGAAAGGACUGACCUUUUGGAAGAUGUGACCUAUAACAAGAGGAAGAUGAAGGAACUUGAGGACAACUUGUUGUACAGACUAACAAGCACACAGGGUUCACUGGUGGAUGAUGAGAGCCUGAUUGUGGUCCUCAACAACACAAAGCAAACAGCUGAGGAGGUCACUCAGAAGCUGCAGAUUGCUGCAGAGACCGAAGUUCAGAUAAAUGCUGCUAGGGAGGAAUACCGACCCGUGGCCACUAGGGGCAGCAUCCUGUACUUCCUCAUCACUGAGAUGAGCAUGGUAAAUGUCAUGUACCAGACCUCUUUGAGGCAGUUCUUGGGACUUUUUGACAUUUCUCUUGCGAGGUCCUCCAAAAGUCCAAUCACCAGCAAACGGAUCGCUAGCAUCAUAGAGUUCAUGACCUUUGAGGUGCACCACUACGCUGCACGGGGCCUGUAUGAGGAACACAAGUUCCUUUUCACUUUGCUUUUGACGUUGAAGAUCGACAUGCAGAGCAACAAAAUCAAGCAUGAGGAGUUUCACACGCUCAUUAAAGGCGGUGCAUCUCUGGACCUGAAAGCCUGCCCCCAGAAACCAGCCAAGUGGAUUCUGGACAUGACUUGGCUCAACCUCGUGGAGCUCAGCAAACUCUGGCAGUUCUCUGAUAUCCUGAAUCAGAUAAGUCGCAAUGAGAAGCAGUGGAAGUCGUGGUUUGAUAAGGAAGCCCCGGAGGAGGAGGUGCUUCCGAACUCCUAUGACCAGUCCCUGGACUGCUUUAGGUGGCUGCUCCUCAUACGCUGUUGGUGUCCUGACAGGACCAUCGCACAGGCACGUAAAUACAUAAUUAAUGCUAUGGGGGAGAAUUACACUGAAGGGGUGAUUCUUGACCUAGAGAAGAUGUGGGAGGAAUCGGAUCCACGGACACCUCUUAUCUGCUUCCUUUCAAUGGGAUCCGACCCCACAGACUCCAUCACUGCACUGGGGAAGAAGCUCAAAAUCGAGACCAGAUAUGUGUCCAUGGGACAAGGACAAGAGGUCCACGCUCGUAAGCUUCUGCAGCAGACUAUGGCUAAUGGUGGGUGGGCCUUGCUCCAGAACUGCCAUCUGGGUCUAGACUUUAUGGAUGAACUAAUGGACACAGUGACAGAAACAGACUUUGUCAAUGACAGCUUUCGCCUUUGGAUGACCACGGAGGUCCACAAGCACUUCCCCAUCACACUUCUUCAGAUGUCAAUCAAGUUCACCAAUGAACCACCCCAAGGUCUUAAGGCAGGCCUUAAGAGGACUUAUGGAGGUAUAAACCAGGACCUUUUGGAUGUCAGUAACAUGGUCCAGUGGAAGCCAAUGCUGUAUGCUGUGGCGUUUCUUCACAGCACGGUACAAGAGAGGAGGAAAUUUGGCCCUCUUGGGUGGAACAUCCCCUACGAGUUUAACCAAGCUGACUUCAAUGCCACCGUCCAGUUUGUUCAGAACCACCUGGAUGACAUGGACAUCAAAAAGGGUGUAUCGUGGAGCACAGUGCAGUACAUGAUUGGAGAGAUUCAAUAUGGUGGUCGAGUGACUGAUGACUACGACAAGCGCCUCCUUAACACCUUUGCCAGGGUGUGGUUCAGCGAGGACAUGUUUGGACCAACCUUUAACUUCUACAAGGGCUACAACAUCCCCAAAUGCUCUAAUGUUGACCAGUAUCUCAGUUACAUCCAGGGUCUUCCGGCCUACGACACACCUGAGGUGUUUGGUCUCCAUCCGAAUGCAGACAUAACCUUUCAGAGUAAACAGGCCAAAGAUGUGCUGGACGCCAUCCUCAGUAUUCAGCCAAAAGACAGCUCGUCGGGAGGAGGGGAGACCAGAGAGGCUACUGUGUCCAGGCUGGCUGACGACAUGCUGGAGAAACUGCCUCCCGACUACGUGCCUUUUGAAGUAAGAGAGCGUCUUCAGAAGAUGGGCCCCUUUCAGCCAAUGAAUAUCUUCCUCCGCCAAGAGAUCGAUCGAAUGCAGCGGGUCAUAGCGCUGGUCCGAAACACUUUGAUGGACCUCAAGUUGGCGAUCGACGGAACUAUCAUCAUGAGCGAGAACCUGCGGGAUGCUCUGGACUGCAUGUAUGACGCUCGUAUUCCUGCACGCUGGAUGAAGGCCUCGUGGGCCUCCAGCACCCUGGGGUUCUGGUUCACAGAGCUGCUUGAGCGGAACCGGCAGUUCCAGGCUUGGAUCUUUGAGGGCCGGCCCAACUGCUUCUGGAUGACGGGCUUCUUCAACCCGCAGGGCUUCCUGACAGCGAUGAGACAGGAGAUUACUCGAGCCAACAAAGGCUGGGCCCUGGACCGCAUGGUGCUGUGUAACGAGGUAACCAGGUGGAUGAAGGAUGACAUCACCCAGCCGCCCGCGGAAGGAGUGUACGUUUAUGGCCUUCACCUGGAGGGGGCCGGCUGGGACCGCCGCAGCUGCAAGCUUGUCGACUCCAAGCCAAAAGUCCUGUUUGAGACGAUGCCUGUGAUCAGGAUGUACGCUGAGAAUAAUGGUGUGAAGGAUUUGCGCCUCUAUUCCUGUCCAAUUUACAAGAAGCCGGUAAGGACAGACAUGAAUUACAUCGCAGCUGUGGACCUGAAAACCUCCCUUCCUCCUGAAUACUGGAUCCUCAGGGGUGUGGCUCUGCUCUGUGAUGUGAAAUGAUUUGCUUAAUGUUAACACACAACAUAUGGACAUAAUAAAACUGGUUGAUUUUGAAAAUAA